UUUACCUAAGCCUACGUUGAAAAAUAGCUUAUGUUAACAAGGAUUCCUAUUAUAGAGGUUGGCCACAAAAAUCUUUGUUUUAUAGAUGUAAUCUCAGAGCAAGGAGAGAGUAUACAUGGGCAACCAAAUAACGGCAGUAUUAAACCUGGAUAAAAUGAACCUCUUUAUUAAGCCUCGAUAAAACAAAUUUUUCCGUAGCCCUUGAAGUUCGUUUUAUCAAGGUUCGACUAUACCUCCUUUUCUAAAUUAACUGGCAUAAAGUUAAAAAAAGGUUAAUCUAAUAUGUUGAUAUAUUUAUUUAAAAUAUUUAAAUGAUUUUAUUGUAUUUUUAGCCACUUGAAAUUGGUAUUAUACACCAGUAUCAGUUCUCAUCCAAGCUACAAAGAAUGAGCGUAAUUACAAGAACUCUAGGUUCAAGAGAUCUCACAGUGUAUUGCAAAGGUUCACCAGAAAUUAUUCAGAGCCUGAGCAAGCCAGAUACAGUUCCUCAAGAUAUAAUGACAGCUUUACAAGAAUACACUGAGCAAGGUUACCGAGUCAUUGCUGUUGGUUAUAGAAUUCUUGAUGAAGUUGAUUAUGUUCAAGUACAAAAAUUGCGGAGAAGCGAAGUUGAAAAAGACUUUGAAUUUGUUGGACUCAUUGUAAUGGAGAAUCGACUCAAGCCACAAACUACAGGCAUUAUUAGUAUGCUUAAAGGAGCUCAAAUCAAAGUGGUCAUGGUGACAGGUGAUAAUAUUUUAACAGCAGUAAGUGUUGCUAGAGAAUGUGGAAUUAUUGAAGGAGGAGAAACUGUUGUGGAAGUUAUUGCUGAGGAAGAAAAUAACAGAUCCUCUCUUCAGAUAAGAUUUAGUUGUGGUGGAGGUUUUUCCAAAUCUAUGCCAGCAACGUAUGGAUCAAUGAUUGACUGUGAGUUGGGAGCCAACAUAAAUGCUCCAUACAGGAUUGCCAUCAGUGGAAAAUCAUGGGGAAUGAUCCGGGAACAUGCCCCUGAACUUAUCCCUAAAAUAGCAGUCAAGGGAGCUGUGUUCGCUAGGAUGAGUAGUGAACAGAAACAACAACUUGUACAAGAACUACAACAAUUGGGGUACUAUGUUGCAAUGUGUGGUGAUGGCGCUAAUGACUGUGGAGCUCUAAAAGCUGCCCACGCAGGAAUAUCGCUAUCAGAAGCUGAGUCUUCUGUCGCCUCCCCCUUCACUUCUGCAGUAGCCAAUAUAUCCUGUGUGCCACGUGUGAUAAGGGAAGGUCGAGCCGCCUUGGUAACAUCUUUUGGAGUCUUCAAGUUCAUGGUUCUGUACAGCCUUAUGGAGUUCAUGUCCACAAUAAUUCUUUACAGCAUUGACAGUAAUCUCACAGACUUUGAAUUCCUUUUUAUUGACAUCUGUUUGGUCGUUAAUUUUGCCUUUUUCUUUGGUAGAAAUCAUGCUUACUCUGGUCCGCUCGUGGCCCAGGCACCACUCACUAGUCUUUUAUCUCCAAUUCCGUUGAUAUCACUGUUGCUUCAAGUGAUUGUCAUGUCCACUGUUCAGUUUAUAUCCUUCAAUGUUGUACAACAUUAUCCUUGGUUUGAGCCAUUUCACUACGUUGCUGCUACUUACUACAUUUCUUUUGAGAACUAUGCAGUAUUUUCUGUGGGACAGUUCCAGUAUAUAAUCAUGGCUUUCAUAUUUUCUCAGGGUUCGCCGUACAGAGAACCUAUCUACACCAACAAAAUAUUCUUUUCUUCAUUAUGUGUAAUGACUUGUGUUUGUAUAUACAUAACUGUUAGUCCUGCACAUUGGAUCAUAGAUUUUCUUCAGCUGCGUUUUCCUCCUAAGGUAGAUUUUCCUCUUGUUGUUCUAGGGUUAGCUCUUAGUAACUUUGUUAUCAGUACAUUUUUAGAAACAUUUGUGGUACAAUACUUGAUGUUUAAAAAACUACGAUUCUGUAACAGUGACCUCAAGAAAUCUAGCCGACGAUAUCAUGCUAUAGCUGAGGAGUUGGAUACGGACAGAGAUUGGCCCCCGAUAUCCAAGCCUGGAACAGUGAUAAUUAACAACCAGCAAAGUAUUAUUAAAGGUGUUGACAAUCAAGCCUUUGUUCAAGAUUCACCUAAAUGUAUUAAAUACACGACCAAACUUUAAUUAUAUAGCCUACUAUAUAAAAUUGGUAACUGAACUGAUGUAAAAUAUUGUAAAAAUAAACCAAUCCAUUCAUCCCCUCUUAGAAUUUUAAAACAAUUUUAAAUUUGGUUCAAAGUUAAAAAGAGAUGGGUGAGGUGAACUCUUUUCUGUAACAAAAAUUGAAGUAUGAGUAUCUGUAUGUUCUAAAUUUUGUCUUACAUUGUAUAACUUUCUAUGUAAUUUUAUGAAACAGUAAGUAGACUGCUCUCAGCUUUGACCAUUGUUCAAUUUUUUUAGACUUAAAAUCUAACUUUGUAAAUAGGCUUUACAAUUUUUGUCAAUUUUUCCUAUAUUAAAUAAUAUACAAAUUUUUUAAUGUAAACUUUAGUCAGAUUAUUCUUUAAAACUUAUUCAUUUGAUCCAGAAACAAUAUACCAAUUUAACCACAAAUAUAAUUUAAUGGAUAUGACUUAUUUCUUAUACAAUGACUUAUUAGAAUAUAUGUGUGAUAAUGUUUUGAAAAGGUAUUACAAGGUUUGUUUCUACAUAUAAUUUAUAAUCUGAGUAAACUAGAGAUUCAUUAGUUUUAGGCUAAAGAGAUUUUUGAGGUUGAGACUCGGCUACCUUCCUCAAGUUGUAGUGUGUGUGUUUCAUAUUCCUUUAACUCCUGAUACAUCCCAUUCCUUCCUUAUUAGAAAAAUAAUCCUUUAUUAAUGUUAAGGAAGUUUGCUAUUUUGUGAGCAGAAUUUAUCUAGUCUAAAUUUAAUGUAAGACAUUAUUCUGAGGACUAUACUUUUCAGUUAAUCAAUAUAAAGCCUAUUUGUUACAUUUCAAUAUUGUGAUUUUACUUUGAACAUAUUGUCCAGUUAGUGCUUUAUACUAAUUUAUGAUUCCCUGCAAAUAAAGAAUUGUUAAUUCAAUUUAAAUUAUAAUGUAUUUUUUAACAUCAGAGUUGAUAUUCUAUUUAUUUCAUAAAAUAUUUGUUAUUUUACAGCAUGGAUUUUUAGAAAAUUAAAAUUACAGUUUAGUUGUUGCAAUUCCUAGUAAAAUUAUUCACCUAUUCAUUACAAAAGUUCAUUUUUUAAAUUGCCAUGUUGUGAUACUAGGUGCCUUAUUAUACAUACAGCUGUGCUAUAAAUACAAAACUAAAUUACACAAUAUUCAGAUUUGUAUGAAUUAUUGUAAAUAUUAAUUAUUUUACAUUUGUAACAUAUGUCAGAUCAUCUACUCCUCCAUUGCCAAUUAAUGAACACAUUAUUGUGGUUGUUCAUAAACAAAAUAUAAUCAAUAUUAUUUGUAAAUCUUUUUGAUAGAAAUACAAUAUAUACAAGUAUUUUUGAAAGUAUGUUGUUUCUAAAGUCUCUGUGAUAGAUAUCAUCAGUAUAUUUAUUAUAAUGUCCUUGAACACUGCUUUGAAAAUCAGGGUUGUGAAAAGUGUUGUAAGUAUCUUAAUGUAUAGUAUUUAUUAUUAAUUAGAUCGUAAAAGCAUAAAUAAUGAUUGUUUAUGCAAAUUUUUAUAUAUAAAAAUGUAUACAGGUUGUAUGUGAUAUAAAUAUUAAUGUUAAAACUGUACACUCUGUAAAAAAGCAUGUUUUGAAAUCCGAAAAUAAAAGUUUUUUAUCACA